GUCCUCCCUCCAUCGCCCCCGUCGCAUACACGCCGCCCAACGGCCAUUUCUUGCAUACUUCGUCGCGGGGACCGUCUGGCUCUGCAACGUCGACGCGCACCCUCUCGAUGGCCACCCUCGCCCGCAACCCGCUAUCCAUGCGACCGCACUCCCAGCACCACGCAGUCGCCCUCUCGCCAUAUCAGGGCACCACAAUGUCGAGGAAAGCAUCCACAAGCGGCAAGAGAGCAAGAUCCCCAGAACCAACCAAGGACGGCGAGUCAUCGCAAAGCAUAAAGCGGUUGAAGGCCGUGGCCGCGCCUCAACCUCCCCCACCGAUCACCCGCGAGGAUCCCCGCGAAGAAGCGAGGAGAGAAAAGGAACGCAAACGCGCUGAGCGCGAAGAAGAGUUUAGGAUCAAGUACACGCGUGCGUUUCCGCACUGGACGUUUCAUUUCGACUUGGAUACCGUGAGCCCCGAGGUGGCGGCUCUCAAGGAUAACCUCGAGCGGCGAGUGAGGCACAUGGGUGCGGCAGUCGAGGACUUCUUCUCCAAAGACAUCUCUCACCUCAUCACCUUCGAUGCGGAGGGCUCCGAGAAAGAGAACACUACCCAAGCGUCGGCAUCCGCGACACCCAGUUUGCUCCUUAGUCCGAUCAAACUUAAGGGACGUGAUAGAGCGACGGGCGACGCGCCCAUGACUGCCUCCGAGCGGAUUGCGAAGAAGGCCCUCUCCUUUGGCAUCAAAGUAUGGUCGCCCGCCAAGCUUGAGAGCGUCCUCGACAGAUGUCACGCGCCAGCAGCGUACAGCACCCGCGCUCCCAACGCGCGCGGUCAAGCCACGACCAGCCGUCCUCUCACUCGCUUGCUGGAAGAGGAACGCACAUACGGGACGACGAGCGAACGCGAUCCCACUCAACGACGCCAUGGCUUCACAUACUUCUCGAAAGGCACGUACUUCGUACUCGUCGAGGACAUGCACCAAGAACUCGCGACGAUCGCCGCGGCCGAGUAUCCCAUUAAAAGAGGUCGGGAUGGGCAGGAACGACCAUCCUGGCCGGUGCUGUAUUGCCAUCCCCUCGCGCGCGGGCCUUUCAUGCCGUACGACGAGAGGGAGGAACGGAGACGGGAACGCGCCGACAGGAUGGACCGAGAGCGGGAGCAAGAGCGCGCACGGCGAAAGGCUCGGCUGAGGGAGGAGGAGCGCAGGCGGCAGGCGCAGGCCCUCGCGAAGCAGCACGACCUCCGGCGGUCCGUGUCCAUGCACAACCUCCACCGGCGCGCGAGCUUCCCCGACGCUGCGUUCGCGAUGGACGGCUUCGUCGACCUCGACGCGGAGUUCGGCGACGGGGACACGCAGUCGGCGAACGCGUCGGGGUACCUGGCGAGCGGCGCGUACAUGGCGGCCUCGGGGAACAGCGUCGGCGUCACGUCGACGACGGGGACGACGUCCGCCGCGGGGAACACGCUCCGGAACCUGCAGCUCCCGCCGGGGCUGAGGGGGAGGCUGCAGCAGCAGGUCGUCACGUCCAGGAGGGUGGUCAGCGGCGCGGAGAGCAAGGAGAAGAUGGGCCCGCCGCCGAACAUCCCGGAGAAGCCGAACAUGCUCCGCAAGAGCCGCAGCACCAACACGCUGAGGCUGCCGAAGCGCGAGGAAGGCGUCAAGCCGGGCUACUGCGAGAGCUGCCGCGUCAAGUUUGACGAUUUCAAGACGCACAUCAGCGGGCGCCGGCAUCGCAAGUUCGCCGCGGACGAAUCGAACUUCCAGGCGUUGGACAGGCUCCUCUCACGCGUCCGCCGCCGCCCGAAAGCGGAGGUCGAGGCGGAGAAGCACGAGUGGGCGCUCCGGUUCAGCGGGGGCCACGCCGACUUCGACGACACGGACGAGGACGCGACGAUGCUGCCGAACGCCGCGGCGGCGAGCGACGACGACGUGAGGUGGGACGACUGGGUCGAGGACGGCGAGGAGCUGUAGGUGACACGCAUCGUCGCCAUUCGAUCCCGUUUCGAACGACAUUAUGCGAGCGCGGUUAUUAGCCUCGAUGAUUAGGAUGACAUCACGGACCUCAUCACGUACGCAGAUUCUCUGAAUGAUUCCCUUGCAUAGUAUGAUACACCAUACAGUGACUGUACGUUGGUUCCAUUGUACAACAGCCUGCAUACCGCAUUUUAUCUAUCUCUGUCCUCCCGUUGAAUUCUCGAUGUCCACCCUUACAAACCGCGUUGUCUGUCCGAAGUUACUGGAAAGGUGUGUUACAGGAAAAGUGAUAUUGGAACCUGUUCGGAUACAUCAAGACCAGUUGUGAAUGUGAAACCGCUGGGAUGGAAUACAAUGGUGGUGGGGUAUAAUUUCGAAACAGGUCGCUACAGCCGUCAAUGCACAAUUUAAUAUUCUCCCAAAGCCCCGCGCCCCUCGUGAUCACUCCGCCUUCUCGGUCACCGA